GCGUCUGUGGAUCAGUCAGGAGUUGCACGAGUGUUUGGUGAGCCGCAUCACUUGAAAUUGCCCUUAUCACUACAGCGGGUGUGUAAAAAACCCCACCGAUUGGCGUCCGUGCGCGUAUUUACGCAUCUACAUCUCCAACAACAGGCGCUUCUUUUAAUCUUCGCUCACUGCUUGAAUUUGGUGAGCCCCCUGUGGAGAAGAGGAACGAUGGAUUUGGUGUGUCUGGUGUGUUUGGCGAUGAGCAUCGGCGCGUUGUUCGCCUCCGCGGAGCGACACAGCGUCUACUGGAACGGCUCGAACCCAAACUUCCUGUGGGAUGAGUACACGGUGGAAGUGCGUAUCAACGACUAUCUGGACAUCAUCUGCCCCCACUACGCCCACGGCGAGGUGUCAUCGCAUGCAGCCGAACGCUAUGUGCUGUACAUGGUGGAGAGGGAGGACUACGAAGUGUGUAAACCUCACUCCUUCGACCAGCUCCGUUGGGAGUGCUCGCGGCCGUUCGCUCCCCACGCUCCUGAGAAAUUCUCUGAGAAGUUCCAGCGCUUUACUCCCUUCACCCUUGGCAAGGAGUUCAGACAGGGGGAGAGCUAUUACUAUAUCUCCAAGCCAAUGCAUCACCAUGGCCAGGACUGCCUGAGGCUGAGAGUGGAUGUUGUCGGACACAAAGGCUCUGGCAAGAACCACGUAGAUAAAUCCAAGGCACAUGACGCAGGAAAAAGCGUGGAUGGAGGAAAAGGGAUGUUUCCUGCUGCUGGAGGAGUUCACAACCCCUCAAACCGGCUCCCAGCAGAUGACCCUGCUGUGAUGGAGCCAAACGUUCAGAGGAGUAUCGGGAGUUCAGGUGUACAGCUGGUCUCCUUCCCACUCUUCUUCACUGUGAUCCCAGUCUUAUUAGCUCUGAUGCUACAAUAAGGCUGAAAGCCACAACAGAGACAAUGCUAUUCCAAUGCUGGACAUUGGGACCAUGAACACUCGAGAGACUUUUCUUUUUUUUUUUUUUUAUACAGAUUGUUUUUUUACGAGCAUGAACUGUGCUGUCAGUGUGUGUUUGCGUGUUUGUUUGCGUGAGUGUGGGACGUGGAUCGUUCUGAAGACGAGGACCUCAAAGAUCUUUUUUUUUUCUUUUUUUUUUUUUUACUGUACUAAGAGGAUGGAAAUUCUCAUUUUUGACCAUUUUAAGGUGCACACUUCUUUUCAGUCAUAAUGAACAAAACUGCGAGCAAAUUGAUCAAAAAUUCUUAAUUCACAAGAGGGUAACAUUGUCCCCAUCAUGCUGUGGUUUUUUUUCAUACAGUUGGUACAGAUUUGCGUUCUACUUCUCAUCACCAAGUUCUGAUGUCAUUUUUCUUCCUCUACAUGUAGAGAAAUUAUUAAUUCUGUCUCUUGCGAAUGUUGUAGGCUCACUGCCAAAGUAGUAUCCAUUAUGUAGGAUUUUUGUCAUGUUGUUGUGUAGCACUCAGCUCCUUGGUAUAUCUUUUAAAGUGUCUCAAGCACCACUGUCACAUUCACACAAAAGCUGACAUCACAUGAUUCAGCUGCCGUGGGUUUCGAUGAACAAUGAUCAAAAUGACCGACAUUAAGUUCAAUUUAAAUACCCAAGAGAACAAAUACUUAAAUCCAGACAAGUGGCUCUCAACCCAUUUCUCCCCCCUUUUUAUCUCACGAGCACUUCAAGUGAUGCCUACUGCUACUGAUGCAGAUUACUAACUUAUGAAGACAUUUCGCUGGAAACAUUAAAAAAAAAUUGUAAUUAUUGGCAGAAUGUGAAGUAAUACCAGUUCAUCAUGAUGACUGUAUCACAUUGCAAAGAUAUUUACUGAAGUUAGCAUGCUGAUAACCAGUUAGCCCCGACCUGACGUCCAAAGCUCCGGUGCUAGCGGUUGUAAACAGCUAUGCUCCCUGACCAGACUGCUGGCUGCAUGGCUAACUGAGCUAACAAGCUAAGGACAACUACAGUUAGCAGCAGUUAGCGGUCACUCUAGCAAAAUGCUGCGCUUAUUUGUUUUGAAUUUGACAGGUGGUCAGUUCUUACAUGUGGAAUAUUUCAACAGUAAAGAAAUAUCAUGACUGUCAUUUUUUUUAUAUACAUAUUCAGUGAUGUAUUUUAGAAAAAAAGGCACCACAUUAAUUUGGAUCCCAAAAAAGACCUAUUUAUUUUCUCAUGUCUUCUUUAGUAAAUGUUCUCUUGAGGUUGAGAGCCUCUGGUCACCACCACAGACACACUAACAGGAGUUUCAGGGAGCUGAGCUUCUUCAAUACUUAUGGUUGUUAACUCAUUUCUACCAUCUCGACGGUACCAUGGUACACUGUCCGCUGUGCAGAUGUGAUCCCACUUGCACAAUGUCAAACCUCAAACUGAAGGGACUUCCCAGAAUGCAUUCACAGUUGUUUAUUUUCUUGUCAAACAUGCGUGUCAUUUUGUAAAUGUUUAUAUGUACAUUUGUAUAUAGAGAAAACUAUAAGAAACUGUUUUAAGAUGUGAGAAAUCUUUAGUGAAAUAAAAAAAAAAGAUUGUGA